CACCAUGGCAGGUGGAGGAGUUUGGCCUUAGCGGAAAGUAUUUAUUGACUUGAAACGGGAAGAACGGAGAGAUUACUUCCCCGUCAUUUUUCAUGUGUUGGGCUCAUCGUAAGAAACACUCCCUGAUCUCCCACCACCAGCACCUUCCCCGUGCCCCUGGCCUACUUCCCGUUCUCCCUAGUUAUCUAGCUCACCACGGUCUGCAUGGAAGCCCAGUCCAUCCCCUGAGUCCUGGGCCGGGUGUGCAGCUGCCACAUGUGAGUGUGGGAAACGGGUGAGACUCCAGAACCCAAGGCUAUUACCCCCACUUCCCACAGCACUCCACACCCCAGUGGUUGAUAAGGGCGGGAUCAAGGGGAAGGCACCAAAGUGAUAUUAGCAGCUUCUGGCAGGCAGAAGGGCAGAGAGCUGGAGGAGAAAACUGGAAAUGGGAUGGGUGGGCAGAGCUGGCCAGACAGAAGUCAGCAUCCAGAUGAGGACGAACCCCUGCAGAGAUAUGGAGCUGGGGACACCCCAACAGGGCGAGAUGCCAGAGCAGCACCGCUUGCUCUCCCAGGUGAGUUACUUGUCUAGCUUGUCCAGACCUUCGAGGAAUUCAUCCUGCACCCGCUCCUUGCACAUCCUAAAGGUGAGGCGGAGCCAUGGAGGACUUCGGUGCAGACCCAGCUCUGCGCGCUCACAGCAUGGAAAGCAUAGAAAGCACUUUCCCAUCCUGGUCUGGGCGAUAUUUAUAGAGGGACCAGUGCCCUGGGGCUGGACGCCUACUACUGACGAGGGAGGGGACAAUGCUAUUGGCACGAGGAGGGAGUUCCCUGUGGGGCUGCCCCGCAGGUUCCCAUCCCAGCCCCACCCCCACACCGCACUCACACCUGCUUCGACCCCAGCAGAUCAGAUGUGGCAGGGGGGUCAUGUGAUGGAGAGACGGCUAUAAAUAGCUGGAGGUGGGCAUACUGCCCCAGACGCCUUGGGGACAGGCGAGUGCAGAGGCCUAAGGAGCUGCCCUGUGGGGAGGACAGGGGCAGGCAGGCCAAGGCCGGCCGGGGCUCGGGGAGGACACAUGGAGCGGUCCCGGUCCCUGCGGCAUGGGGGUGAACAGAGCUGGUGGGGAAGCGCCCCCCAGUACCAGUACAUGCCCUUCGAGCACUGCACCAACUAUGGACUGCCCUCCGAGAACGGGGGCCUUCAGCACCGGCCCCGAAAGGACCCCCGGCAUGUCUACCCCACACAGAUUUACGGCCAUAACAAAGAGCAAUUUUUGAACAAGGAGCAGGAUAUAAAGAUGUCCAAGAAGACGGGCUCCAGUUCUACCUUGGACAGCAAGGAUGAGGACCACUAUUCUAAAUGUCAAGGUUGUAUCCACCGCCUGGAAUGCAUGGUGAGAAGGAAGUUAGGGGAAGACUGGAUCUUUCUGGUGCUCCUGGGCCUGUUGAUGGCUCUGGUCAGCUGGUGCAUGGACUAUGUCAGUGCCAAAAGCCUUCAGGCCUACAAGUGGACCUACGCACAGACGCAUCCCAACCUCCCUCUGCAGUACCUGGUCUGGGUCACCUUCCCGCUGGUCCUCAUCCUCUUCAGCGCCCUCUUCUGCCACCUCAUCUCUCCCCAGGCUGUUGGCUCUGGCAUCCCUGAAAUGAAGACGAUCCUUCGAGGGGUUGUCCUGAAGGAGUAUCUCACGCUCAAGGCCUUUGUGGCGAAGGUGGUGGCCCUGACUGCAGGGCUGGGCAGUGGCAUCCCUGUGGGGAAAGAGGGCCCUUUCGUCCACAUCGCCAGCAUCUGCGCUGCUAUCCUCAGCAAGUUCAUGGCCAUGUUCUGUGGGGUCUACGAGCAGCCGUACUAUUACACUGACAUGCUGACGGUGGGCUGCGCCGUGGGGGUUGGCUGCUGCUUUGGAACGCCACUCGGAGGAGUGCUCUUUAGCAUUGAGGUCACCUCUACGUACUUUGCCGUGCGGAACUACUGGCGAGGAUUCUUUGCAGCCACGUUCAGUGCUUUCGUGUUCCGCGUGCUGGCGGUGUGGAACAAGGAUGCUGUUACCAUCACGGCUCUGUUCCGAACCAAUUUCCGAAUGGACUUCCCCUUUGACCUACAGGAACUCCCAGCCUUUGCUGUCAUUGGGAUCUGCUGUGGGUUCCUGGGAGCUGUAUUUGUGUACCUGCAUCGCCAAGUCAUGCUCGGUGUCCGAAAGCACAAGGCCCUCAGCCAGUUUCUUGCUAAGCACCGCCUGCUGUAUCCUGGAAUUGUUACUUUUGUCAUCGCCUCAUGCACCUUUCCACCAGGAAUGGGCCAGUUCAUGGCUGGAGAGCUAAUGCCCCGAGAAGCCAUCAGUACCCUGUUUGACAACAAUACAUGGGUGAAACACGAGGGUGACCCCAAAAGCCUGGGCCAAUCAGCUGUGUGGAUCCACCCCCGGGUCAACGUUGUCAUCAUCAUUCUUCUCUUCUUUAUCAUGAAGUUUUGGAUGUCCAUCGUGGCCACCACUAUGCCCAUACCCUGUGGAGGCUUCAUGCCUGUGUUCGUGCUAGGAGCUGCAUUUGGAAGGCUGGUAGGAGAAAUCAUGGCCAUGCUAUUCCCGGAUGGUAUCUUAUUUGAUGACAUCAUUUAUAAAAUUCUCCCUGGGGGCUACGCUGUAAUUGGAGCAGCAGCCCUGACCGGUGCCGUGUCCCACACGGUCUCCACAGCUGUGAUUUGCUUCGAAUUAACGGGUCAGAUUGCUCACAUCCUCCCCAUGAUGGUGGCGGUUAUCUUGGCCAACAUGGUGGCUCAGAGCCUGCAGCCUUCCCUCUAUGACAGCAUCAUCCAGGUCAAGAAGCUACCCUACUUGCCCGACCUUGGUUGGAACCAGCUCAGCAAAUUUACGAUCUUUGUUGAGGACAUCAUGGUGCGUGAUGUGAAGUUUGUUUCAGCUUCAUGCACGUACGGGGAACUGCGAAACCUGCUCGAGGCCACCACAGUCAAGACUUUACCCCUGGUUGAUUCAAAAGAUUCCAUGAUCCUGCUGGGCUCCGUGGAGCGCUCAGAGCUGCAGGCCCUCCUGCAGCGCCACCUGUGUCCCGAGCGGAGGUUGCAGGCAGCCCAGGAGCUGGCUCGGAAGUUGUCGGAGCUGCCCUACGACGGCAAGGCACGGCUGGCAGGGGACGGGAUCCCGGGCGCACCAAGGGGCCGGGCUGAGUCCUUCGCCUUCGUGGAUGAGGAUGAAGAGGAGGACCUCUCCGGCAAGACCGAGCUGCCUCCUCCUCCUCCUCCUCCUCCUCCUCCUCCUGCCGCUCCUCCUCCUCUUCCACCCUUUCCUAGUGUUCCGUCGUCCUCUGAAGAGCCCAAUGGGCCCUUGUCCGGCCACAAACAGUCACCCGAAGCCCCAGAACCUGCAGGUAGAAGAUCCUCCAUCUUCCAGUGCCUGCUGCGCUGCUUGCUGGGCCGAGCUCGGCCCCCAAAGAAGAAAGCAACCCAGGAUUCAGUGGAUUUAGUGGAUAACAUGCCACCUGAGGAGAUCGAGGCCUGGGAGCAGGAGCAGCUGAGCCAGCCCGUCUGCUUUGACUGCUGCUGCAUCGACCCGUCUCCCUUCCAGCUGGUGGAGCAGACCACCCUGCACAAGACGCACACACUCUUCUCGCUCCUCGGCCUCCAUCUUGCUUAUGUGACCAGCAUGGGGAAGCUCAGGGGCGUCCUGGCGCUGGAGGAGCUACAGAAAGCCAUCGAGGGUCACACCAAAUCUGGUGUGCAGCUCCGCCCUCCCCUCGCCAGCUUCCGGAACACAACUACCUCUCGGAAGAGCCCAGGGGGCCCACCCCCGGCUGCAGAGAGCUGGAGCCUGUCUGAGGAUGCUGCGGGCCCCCCUGGAGCAGGAGACCUGACCCCUGCUUCCCCAGAGACGCCAGUGCCACCCCCGACCCCAGGUCCCCCUCAGCCCCUGGCCUCUGCCAAGGCAGGGGGAGAGCUGGAGGAGCUGGAGUUAGCAGAGAGCCCGGGGCUGGAAGAGGAGCUGGCUGACAUCCUGCAGGGCCCCAGUCUGCGAUCCACCGAUGAAGAGGAGGACGAGGAUGAACUGAUCCUUUGACCCGCCCUGGACCCUGCUCAUAAAGAACACUGUGCAGGAUAGCAUCGUAUGGGACUGGGGUCCUGCACUUGGGGUGGCUGCACCUCCGGGGAAUUUUUAAAUGUGAUAAGAACAAACUUAAAUGAGUCAGAACUUAGGGAGGAGUUUCAGUUGUUUAGACAGCUUCACAAUCCCCAGGCAGAAAGGUGGUUCUAACCCCAAAGGUGCCCUGAUAGUCUGUGGAGCGUCCAGGGUUUUUUUGCCUUCUGGGUGAGGGGCUCACCUCCCCUCAUGCCCAACAACUGCCCAGUGCUCUUGUACCAGUGUUUCUGUUCCGAAAGGUGGCAGGUGGGAGAGGCCCAGAGUGCCGACCCUGAAUGACGGUGGAGGGGACGGGACCACCUCCAGGCCUUGUGGACUGGUCACGCAUGAAUAUGCCUCCAAUCCACCCACACCUGCUUCUCUGGGAGCUUCCCAGCAGCCCGUAGUCUGCCCCCAGGUCCUAUCCUGGCUGCUACUAUCCAGGGCCAUUUAAGGCCAACGGCAUCCCCCUCCUCCACGCCCUGCGGCAAGCCAUGAGCUGUGGAUACAAAGACUACCAAGGGCAACUGCCUGGCAAUAAAAAGGUUGCCAAAGCCUCCAGUGAAAGAGGCAGGUGUCUCACUGCCAAACAGCCCCAGUCCCAUGUAUCAUCCGACUCCCCCUGGCAGAACGGCCUUCUCUUUCACAUCACUCUCGAUUCCAGGUUACUUCCUAGAAAUGCAUCUCCCCUCUCCCGUUGCUGUGAUUGAUUUGUCCUUCCAAGGGUUGCUGUGUGCUGGAGCCGCUCCAGCCCCCAUCCCCUUAAAUGAGAUCCUCUGGUUCUACCAGGGUGGAGACCCUUGCAGGGGCACCCUCAAGAUCGAAGGCAUUUUUACUGCUUCCCAUCCUCGGGGCAGUUCCACCCGUACCUUCUCCAAUGGGCAGCAGCCUGUGGUGCAUGGCAUUAGCCUGCCUUCCUGCAAAGGGACGCCGAUACUUCCAAGCAUCCAGAAGCCCUGGCUCCUUACCUGAUUUUCUCCUGCCCACCCUGUGUGCCUUAUUUACUUCCUGCCUUCUCCAGCAUUCUCCAGCCCCUCCCAUACCCAGUUCCUCCAUUCCCCAAAUAAGACACUCACAGUCAAGAGAUGCCACCACAUUCUGUUUAGUGCCACUGAACACAGCCUCUGGGCCUCCCCAGCUUCACGUCCCUUCCCCUUCCCCAGGCCGAGAGAGGGAUGCCAAGGCCUGGGCAGGGGGUUGGCAGUAGGCAUCAAGCCCGUGCCCACGUGUAUAUAAUCUAUAAUAUUUAUAUAUAUUUAUAUACAAUUCUCUCUGUAAUAUAUGUCAUAGAAUCUCUCUUGGGCCUGGGGUGGGAAUAUCACAUUAAGAAAACAUGCUAAGACUGGCCAUAAAAACGGGCAUUUCUCAGACCUGGAAGAUGGUAUGUGGGGUACAAGGUGGGGGCAAAGAUAAUAAUAAACUCCCUCCCCAUGAUCCCCUCCUCAAGACAGGAUAAGGAAGGGGGCGAUGGCAGAGGGUCAGUGGAAGGGGAGGAAUGGAAGGUUUGGAUUUUCAUUUAAUAAAGUCGAUUCAAAAUGAAA